AUGAGUCGUCAAAAUAUGUUUCCCAAAAAUUAUCAGAAGAGAAAGACCUCAAAGGAGGUGUUUUCUUUACCUGCGCCACAAAGUCCGACAAACACCACUACACUAACUACUAAUGAUACUGAAUCGUCUAAAAACACAAACUCUAACGCAACUCGGCCACUUUCAUCACUACCUCCUGCACAUACUACUUUCUCUGCUAGAAAUUUAGUGAGAACAAAUAAUCGACGCCCAUUUCCUCCUCCACCCUUACAACGCUCUGAAACUAAUGAGCAAAGAAAUCAACCUACGAAAAUUUCACCUGUCAAUAAAUAUCUAUUUUCGACACUGCCCAGACCAAAUAGCAAUUUCGUCAAUGGCAAGGAACAACUUGACGAUUCCCUUUAUACUUCUUCAGACAGCCAAUUAAAUCAAAAAGAAGCCGUGCGAUUUGCAAAAAGACGAAAAAAUCGAGUGCAUUUCUCAAUUUCUUUUAAGGAUUUUCACAAAAUUCUCGAAAUUGAACAACAGUUUUAUAAGGGUAAACCAAUAGUGUCAAAUGGACGAACUUUACUUAAAGAAAGUACAUUAUUAAAAGAUCCCGGCACUGGUCCUAUUCCCCGUAAAGUUUUUUUAUUUCAAGACAUCUUAAUAACAGCAGAAACACUGCCAGAAGACAAACAAAAAACAUUAAUGAAAACACUUGACAAUCAAUUAAUCGUACCACUUACGCAUUUACAUAUUGAGUCGAUAAAUCAUGGAGAAGACGAACAACAACAACAAACAUCACCACCAAAGUAUCUCAUUGAAGUCAAUACAGGAAAAAUCUUUUACUCUUUCGUAUUUGAUUCGAUGAAAGAACGUGAUGAAUGGUUUGAUAUUCUUAAUGAGGCAAUAACGAAUCGAAAAGUCAUUGUUGCCAGACGUGCAAAAGAAAUGGAUCUUGCCCGACAGAAGAAACGUAGUAAUAGUAUCACUUUCGAACCUUUAUCACGAGCUUGGGAUGUCACGCAAAUCAUUAAUGAAAAAUCAGGCACAGUUUAUGAUGCUAUUCGAUUUUUAAACGGAAUCAGAAAUGCUAACAACAAUAAUAACGGGGAUGCAGUCGGUUGUAUGGUUUGUAAAGUCACAAAAUUCGGAGUUCUUGUACGUAAACAUCAUUGUAGACUCUGUGGUCGAGUAAUUUGUUGGAAGUGUUCACAAACAAGAGAACUUACUUAUGGACAAGAAAAAUAUGUUCGUGCUUGUAAAGACUGUUUGGGUGGAGAAUACGAUUCAAAUGAUGAAGAGGAAUAUUUGAAUGGAAAUGGUGAAUUUAUUAUACCGAUAAAUGGUGGAAUUUCAAUUCAGUCAACUGUAGAUUUAACUGCUGUUGACUAA